CUUCUCGGCAACGCCUGCUCCACCACUGUUACGCACGCCGACUGCCUUCAUAUAGCCUGCGUUUCCCUAUGACUGGCAUCUCGGACAAGGGUCCACGUGGUACCGUACCUAGAUCGCAUCGUACAGCCACACCGCUCAGCCUUGGGGUUUGUCUUUUGUUAGCACGGAGAGGUUAUACCAUAGCUUUGCUUCUAGGUUUGUCGAUUAUUUCCACACUCAUCACUACUAAAUAGCCUUACGACUCGACUACCCAUGGCCUUGGCAGACUUUUUGCCUCAUUCCAACCACCUCAGAUCGCUAGUCUGGCCAGUCCAUUUCCAAAAAGAAACGAAUCGUCGUGUUGGUGGAUCGAUGUUACAACGAGCAAUGAAAUCUUGCAGCUCGCGUGACCGCGGAGCAGCUUCAUUUGAAUUUGACGACCAAGACGGACAUCUAGGACGUGAAAUAGGAAAUGCAUCCACUUCAACAAGGGAAGCACGGCUUGGCCUAUCCAGAUUGACCCAUCGGGUUGUUCCGGUCUGGAGUGCAAG